AUGAGAGGAAGUUUUGCAGCGUUUUCUUGGCUUAAUGAAGCUUGUUCCAAAUGGGGUCAUUUGGCAAAGUUUGGUUAUUGUCAUUGUGUAGAAUGUGGAAGUAGGACGAAUAUUAUGAAAGGAUAUGGGGUCCACUUAUUGCGUAAUGAUUUUGUUGUUUUUUUGUGUGAUAAUGGAUUUUGGUACGACGGUUGUGCGUGA